CUGGAACAUUCUAUUUGUUUUCAGUCUGUCUCAAAGUCUGGGUGGAAAUUUUAAUCGGCCUGUAGUUUUAAAAACAAAAAACAAAAAUAAAUCGAGUCCUUGAAUUCCUCUUGGCUGGACAGGAAACACAGGAAUUAUGUCAAAUUAAAAGUUAUUUUUUGCCGCGUCUUGUAGAAAUCUUGAACAAGCUGCCCCCUGGAAAAUUGUAGAGUACAAAAAUGUAAUAAGCAUAUGCCUACAAUAAACUGAUCUACUUUCAAAAGGCUGGAGCUUCCUCCAAUUUGGCACAAGAACGAUGGAAAUCAGCUUAAAUUUCGUGCGAAAUUUACAAGCUCUUCUCAUCUGUAAUCCAUUCCAGUACAAGUUCUCAAAUGACAUAAUUAAUGAGCUAUGAUGAGUCACAACGUUGCGGUCGGAAAGCUGCUAUAAACGAGAAAUAGAAUGAUUAAAAAGCGAAUAAAGAAUGGACGCCCUGCAAGUUCUCCGAGUGAAAAUAGUUAUUGGCUAAGCGACGCCAAAUUAAUUCAGUUCAUCUCCAGUUUGUUUUACCAUCGCCUACACGCCUCCAUAAGUAAACUGUUAUCUUGCUGUUAAAUUAAACAAAUGUUCUGACAUAUCCUGAUUGGGUGCCAUUCGCCCCAAGCCAGUGCGAAAACCUAAUCCUCUUGUUCUAGUUCACAAAUCGUCAAGCAUCAUACUCGACAGAGUAAAGAUAGUUGGCAAGGAACCAUUGACAAUCAGACUCGAAACCUUGUGGAGUUUGUCACCGAGGUAAUAGUUUAUUUAACCAUUUUUUUCGUCCGGCGGCAUCUGCAGACUCUUGACGGUUUAUUAACACUUCAUUAUUUCCAGCGUCUGAGGCGAUUCAUGUAAUUGGAUAACAAAGUGUGACACGUGACCUUCUGAGCUCCGUGAAAGCAAAUAAAAAAUUGUAGUACUUCAAUUCGAGAAGACAUUGUCAAACUACCAUGUACAACAUAUGCAUAACAAAAACUAUGGAUCAGUUUAACAACAAUGGUCUUGCUUAUCCGAUGAACCCGUUUCCUGCGCCAGGGAGAGACAAAACUCAAGUUCAGUUCUACAAUAACGUGCCAAGCAACGCCGCACAUCGCAUCACACCUAUCCCUUGUUACCGGCCAACACAGCCUCCGGAACAAGUGCCCCUAGAUUGGAAUAUUCCAGUCCUUCCUGAGCUCUCAGCUAGCUAUUCCGCACCUCCUCAAUCUUUUGUCCAAGACCUGAAUUCGAUGUUACCAUCGUACGGUGCGAGAGUUUAUCAAAACGUAGCGCGAGCUUCCCAAGGAGAGGAUACACUUUGCUUCAAAAACCUCUCAGAGGACAGACCGAGAGGUCGUGGUAGAGAAUCGUGGAGCUCCGCGACAGUUCGCUCUCGAGCAAGGACAGCCUACACAACAAGACAACAAGUUGAACUGGAAAAGGAGUUUCUCUUCAGCAGAUACAUUACCAGGGCGCGCAGAAUAGAGCUGGCCAAAUCCUUAAGUCUCUCGGAAAAGCACAUCAAGAUCUGGUUUCAAAACCGAAGAAUGAAAAUGAAGAAGAACGAAACAACAUUUGAAAGCAGAAAAACAAGCCCCAACGAAAUACGAAGACUGUAUAGUAUGGCGGAUGAAUGAGUAAUGUUUUAAUUACGUUGAACGUUUUUUUUUUUAUCGUUUGUCUAUGCUGUACAUUUUGAUAGUGUAUACUGAAGAUGUAUAGUUAUUUGUUGCAGUCCAUACGAAUGCAAUCAUAUAUAAAAUAUUGGUAUUUAUACUACCGUAUAAACUUAAAUUACGUUCGUUGAAUUUAACUUAUCUCUAAAAACGACAAGUUACGACAAUUUUUCUAUUUCGGACACACACAUAGUUAGAGGUUAGAUUUUCCUGAAUGUAGAGCACAUGGUUUCGACGAUUCAGUGAAUUCAAUCUUUCGAUACUCAGUGCAUUUUAAAUGUAAAAUCCCAAGUUCGCACGAACAAGUAUUUCAUACGCAGCUUUGAGGGAAUCAAUCAACUAUGCUAGCUAGCGCUGAACUUCACAGCAGGACAGGGAAAUUGUUUUAAAGAGUAUAGUCCUUUCCUUGCAAGUACGUCACAGGUUGUCAAUACUAUCACUUCGAAUCAACGUUUCACGAUCGAUCUUUAGAAGUAUUUUUUUUGUGUGUAGGUUUUUUAUUUUGGCAUUUGAGAUCUGUUCAAUACAGGAACAUCGAUUGAACAUUCCAGUAAACUUAGCUUCAAUUAAUUUUUAAUUUGGAAACAUUUCGACAAAUAAAAAUUAAUUUACUCGUUCAAGUCCCUCUCUACGACUAGUUUGAAAUUUCCUCGCAAAAGGCAAUCGUAUUCACCAUUCUUCUCAGUUGGGGAAAAAGGCAUAUACGUAGUAUUAUUAGUAUCUAUACUGAGGGCAGUGAAAUUCUUACAUUUUUAUUACCAUCGGUUGAAAUACUUUGUUAUGUAUUGCAACAUUUUCUCUUCCUUGGAGAUUUGUAUGUUAAUAAAAACAUAUUUAAGUCAUUCAUUCAAUUGAAUCACACGAUCUCAUUUUUAACGCGACCGAAGAAUUUAAACCACAAUUGUUUGAAAUGACCUUAGUGAUAUCUACUCACCUAAGGAAUGAUUCUUCGGUUUUCAAAUUUUUCGGAAGGUAUUGCGAUCUGCGCUGCGACAACCAAUCCUUCAAUUUAGUGCUGUUUACUUCUAUUACAUUUAUUUCUAAUAUCAAAGCAUAAAUUCUUUUUACUUAUCACUAAUUGCGAUGUAUUGACUUGGAUGUCACUUCUGAGAAUCUGGGGGUUAUAUCAACUGACAAGAUAAAUCGUCCAGGCUCCAUUAGCGAGGAAGGGGGGAUAAAUCUGAGUAUACCACAUCCUUUUCAUUUUAAUUUUGGCCUAAGUAUCCUGUAUCCCGUCAAUUCCAGCUGCAAAAAAUAACGAUUUCCCUACCCGAUAUCCCAUUUUAUCUGACAUGAAUAUCCCGUAUCCCAUUAAUUUUUCCCCAAAUAUCCCGUAUCCCGUUAAUUUUUUGACCUAAAUAUCCCGUAUCCCGUCGAUUCCAAUGGCAAAAAGUAACGAUUUCCCCACCUGAUAUCCCAUUUUAUCUGCAUGAUAUAAAUAUUCCAUGUCCCAUUAAUUUUCCCCAAAUAUCCCGUAUCCCGUAUCCCGUUAAUUUUUUGGUCUAAAUAUCCUGUAUCCCGUCAAUUCCAGUUGCAAAAAAUAACGAUUUCGCCACCCGAUAUCCCUUUUUAUCUGACUUUGAUAUUAGAAAUAAAUGUAAUAGAAGUAAACAGUAAAAGUAAAAGCACUGCACAUUAAGUUUGGAGGAAAGCUAAAAUUCCUGAAAAAGUCUAAAGGCCUACCCUCAAGUGUACUAGAAGAAAUAUAUUUCAAAGGGAUUGUCCCAAGCAUCACUUAUUGCAUCGCUAUUUGGGGAUCCUGCUCACCAUCUACCUUUAAAGUAUUGGAACAUUUACACUUAAAAGCUGCCAAACUAAUCCGUAAACUGCCCAGCGAAACUCCUGACUCUGACUUACUUGACCUUGUUAAAUGGAAACCUUUAGGCUACAUUUACAAGCGUAGGCUCGCUUCUAUAAUGUAUCAGGUUUUCCACGAUAGUUUACCUGAUCAACUCACAGCCCUAUUCGAAAUACGCAACACCGACAAUAAUUAUAACUUAAGGCGUAUUAAUGACUUCUCGAAUGUACGGUACAAUAGUAACCUUGGCAGAAAUAGUGUAAGGUACAGAGGACCCAUAGU